GCGCCCCGCAGACCUGAGCAGUCGCUCGUACUGAGCGCGGGGAGGGCGCCAGCCUGGGGCCUAGGCCUGAGCCGCCAUGGCGCUGCCCCCAGGCCCAGCCGCCCUCCCGCACACACUGCUGCUCCUGCCAGCCCUUCUGAGCUCAGGUUGGGGGGAAUUGGCACCAGAAAUUGAUGGUCAGACCUGGGCCGAGCUGGCACUUCGGGAGAACGAGCGGCACGCCUUCACCUGCCGGGUGGCAGGGGGGCCUGGAACCCCCCGAUUGGCCUGGUACCUGGAUGGACAGCUGCAGGAGGCCAGCACCUCGAGACUGCUGAGCGUGGGCGGGGAGGCCUUCUCUGGAGGCACCAGCACCUUCACUGUUACUGCCCAGAGGGCCCAGCAUGAGCUUAACUGCUCCUUGCAGGACCCCGGCAGUGGCCGGUCAGCUAAUGCCUCCGUCAUCCUCAAUGUGCAAUUUAAACCAGAGAUUGCCCAGGUCGGGGCCAAGUACCGGGAAGCUCAGGGGCCAGGCCUCCUGGUUGUCCUUUUUGCCCUGGUGCGUGCCAACCCACCUGCCAAUGUGACCUGGAUCGACCAGGAUGGGCCGGUGACUGUCAACGCCUCUGACUUCCUGGUGCUGGAUGCCCAGAACUACCCUUGGCUCAGCAACCACACCGUGCAGCUGCAGCUCAGCAGCCUGGCACACAACCUCUCCGUGGUGGCCACCAACGACGUGGGUGUCACCAGCGCCUCGCUUCCGGCCCCGGGGCUUCUGGCCACCCGAGUGGAAGUGCCGCUGCUGGGCAUCGUUGUGGCUGGAGGGCUUGCCCUGGGCACCCUGGUGGGGUUCAGCACCUUGGUGGCCUGCCUGGUCUGCAGGAAAGAGAAGAAGACCAAAGGCCCCUCCCGGCGCCCAUCCCUGAUCUCUAGUGACUCCAACAACCUGAAACUCAACAACGUGCGCCUGCCACGGGAGAACAUGUCCCUCCCGUCCAACCUGCAGCUCAACGACCUCACUCCGGAUUCCAGAGCAGGGAAGCCAGCAGACCGGCAGAUGGCUCCGAAUAACAGCCGGCCAGAGCUGCUGGACCCAGAGCCCGGUGGCCUCCUCACCAGCCGAGGUUUCAUCCAGCUCCCCAUGCUGGGCUAUAUCUAUCGAGUGUCCAGUGUGAGCAGUGAUGAGAUCUGGCUCUGAGCAGGGCAAGAUUGGGGGUGCCUUCUUGGCUCCUGGGCCCCUCCUCCUCCUCCAAGGCCACCGCUGCCUGGCCCCAUUGCCACUGGGAAGAGGUCAUGCCCCUGCUACUUCUGCUUGCCCUCCUGGCUGGGGUGCCCUCUGUGUCAUCCUCAUGCUCUGACCCUCAGGGGCACGGGUAUCUUGGCAGAGCCACCGGCUGCACCUCAGCCCCUUGUUCUAACUCAGGUAGGGGGGGCCCUUCAGUGACACCCGUGCCCCGGCGGAUGGAGCUCUUUGUGCAGGUGUGUUUGCAGGUUAUCUGGCAUCUAAGUGUGGCAUGGCUCGGCCGGUCUGGGCCUGCCCUGUGCCACACACCAGUACUCUUAGCACUUUGUACAGAGGCACGGGGGUGUGCCCAGUGCGGGGGGCACAGGGAGGGCCCUGCAUGUCUUCAGUUUCCUCCCCAUGCUGUGCAGCUUUGUUCCCUCAGGGAAAAUUUAGGACCCUGGUAGCCGUAUCGAACCAAACUGCCCUUUACACGGGAACCAACCUCUGGCCCAGGGGCAGUGGCCAAGCACAAGCUAAUCCCUUUUGCUGCAUACCUCUCUGCCCUUCUCUGUCUCCGCCUCCUCUUGGGCAUCAUAUGUUAUACAUUGGACCUUCUCCAUUUCCCCACUGGGCACUAUACUUCCCCAUUGACCUCACCCUGGCAGUGCCAGGGCCUGCUGUUAGCACAAGUCAGGAGGAAAAGAGGGAGGCGGGAAGUCCAGUGGUACCCUGGGCAGCAUGUAGUAGCUAAGCAUCAUUUUCUUACAGUGUUGGCACUUUAAGCACAUCCCACGGGGAGGAGGGGGUGAGUGAGGGCCCCAGGGCCCUGUCUGUGGCUUCCCCAAGUCUGGCCUUCCUCUGAUUCACUGUGAGUGCCCUGAGCCCUCGGGGUUGAUGGUUCCCCUCUCAACAUGUCUCCCCCGCCAUGGGACCCCCUGAGCAGCCCCUGACUGCCUCAUCAGCAGGAAGCCGCUCUUCCUGUCCACCCUCGGUUCUUCAGGGGAUGGUCGUAGUGGCACAUUAUUGGACAGAGCUAGAAGCUUUUGGGGGGACAUGGAAAAAGGGGGGACCACAUACUCCAAAACAACCUAAGAACUCUUUGGAAAGCAACAUGGAAAUGAUAGCAAAUUAUUAUAGUGCAGAGUCUAUUUUUCCCUUGUUGAUAUCUUGUUUUAUAAUUUUUCUCCUGUUACUGCCUAGGACAGUGCUGAGCACACAGUAGAUUUAAUAAACUUGACUAAGUGA